UCCCUCCGACGUCUUUGAGUCCAGUCCAGUGUAUCAAGUCACUAACCGUUUAGAGUAGAGGAGAGAAGAUUGUUGCCUGUAACCCACUGUUACCGGAGGUACCUUACCCACAGUUCUUCCUCAGACACAAGGACCAGGUUUGGUGUUACUCAGAUACCGUCAGCAUCAUCCACGGAGUUGUCUGACCAGUCCCAGCUAAGUUUGUUCCAGUUUUCAGUGCAGGCCGAUCCAGCCUUUCAAGCUGGACAGAGGAGAGGGGAGUGGGGCCGAGGGCCUGGGCUUUGUGCUGCGCCACAGAACAUCAAACUGCACAGAACAGAGGACAGUUGGUGCACAUACAGAUCCCAUGAGCCUCUGGGAGGAAGGAGACACGCCCACCUCAGGUUCUUCAACCAGUCACCUCAGCGCCACAGAGUGCCCCUUUCACAAUGGGAGUGUCCCAGAAUGCGAUGAGGAGAGAAGAAUAAAUGAAGACGAUGACAGAGGGAGUGAACAGGAAGAGGAGAGUGAACAGGAAGAGGAGGAGAGGAGCAGUGAUGAAGGUUUCAUGGGAAUGACUCCCCUGCUGCAGGCUCACCAUGCCAUGGAGAAGGUGGAGGAGUUUGUACACAAGGUAUGGGAGGGCCGGUGGCGUGUCAUACAUCAUGAUGUGCUCCCUGAUUGGCUGAAGGACAACGACUUCCUGCUUCAUGGGCACAGGCCACCCAUGCCUUCAUUUCGUGCCUGCUUCAGGAGCAUUUUCAGAAUCCACACGGAGACGGGAAACAUCUGGACACACCUGCUAGGCUGCCUGUUUUUCCUCUGCCUAGGCCUGAUGUACAUGUUCAGGCCCAACAUGUCCUUUGUGGCUCCAGUCCAGGAGAAGGUGGUGAUCGGGAUGUUUUUCCUGGGAGCCAUCCUCUGCCUCUCUUUUUCCUGGCUCUUCCACACAGUCUACUGCCACUCCGAGGGUGUGUCCAGAGUCUUUUCCAAGUUGGACUACAGUGGGAUUGCCUUCCUGAUCAUGGGCUCAUUUGUUCCCUGGUUGUACUACUCUUUCUACUGCUCUCCUCAGCCUUGUUUUAUCUAUCUGAUAGUUAUAUGCAUAUUGGGACUGACCGCCAUCAUCGUCUCCCAGUGUGAUUUCUUUGCCACACCACAAUACAGAGGAGUUAGAGCAGGUGUGUUUGUGGGUCUGGGUCUGAGUGGCGUGGUUCCUUCCCUGCACUUUGUCAUCAGUGAGGGUCUGAUCAAAGCGACCACCAUGGGUCAGAUGGGCUGGCUGCUGCUGAUGGCGACGCUUUACAUCACCGGUGCCUGUCUGUAUGCUGCUCGCAUCCCCGAGCGGUUCUUCCCUGGCAAGUGUGACAUCUGGUUCCACUCUCACCAGUUGUUCCACGUCUUGGUGGUCGCCGGGGCGUUCGUUCACUUUCAUGGUGUAUCCAACCUGCAAGAGUUUCGCUACACGGCGGGUGGGGGCUGCACUGAGAACGGUUUUCUCUAACAGACACAUACACAUUGACUUGCUCAUUCAAUCAGACACAUCUUACAGGGAAGCACUGGUUCUAAUAAUAUGCACAGAAUUACACACACACAUCUUCUUCAGACAUGCACACACACACAUGCUCUCCUCCAGACUGAAGACCGAAAAUGGCUUGUCCACUGUGUGUUUGUGUGUGUAAUACACAGGGUAACCUCCAAGGGGUCACUUAAAACUGAAUGAUGAUGGUUUCUGUCCUUCUAUCUGCCUGUUCAUCCAUCCCACUUCCUCCCUCUCUCUGUUGCUUCGACUAAAUCACUUCUAAGACAGCACAUUUUAUAAACCAGUUUUUGAGGCUCUACUCUUUCCAGGAAGUGGAGGUAGUUCUGCUAAAGCUCUUUUCCAAGACACAUUUCAUCCAAAUAUGAAAAAGAGAAAGAAUUGAGUUGAUAUUGUCUUUGGAUUUCUUUCAUGAUUGUGAACGUUGUAGUGGGAAAUGUUGGGGUGGGCUGGGGUUAAUAGUCACUUUUAAGAUUUAAAAAAAAAAAAAAAAAAAAAAAA